GUGAAACUCCUCCAUACUCGCAACUAAACUAGCGCUGAACACUGCAUUAGAUAACUCUGAAAAUGUCGCUCGCUCCAUACUUCUUCGACUACGAUCUCCCUCGAUGGCCUCGACGUCUUUUAGACCAGAACUUCGGCUUGGCUUUGACACCAGAAGACCUCUUCAGUGCAACCCCAAGCCCCGUAAUACCGAGAUACAGAUUUUUCUGGCCCAAAGACGCUGGAUCCUCAAUUAAAUUGGAGAAAGACAAAUGGCAGAUCAGUGUCGAUGUCCAGCAUUUUGCACCAGACGAAAUAACUGUUAAAACGUCCGCUGGGAAUAUAGUUGUUGAAGGUAAACAUGAAGAGAAACAAGAUGAACAUGGCUUCGUUUCCAGACACUUUGUCAGGAAGUUUAAGAUACCAGAGGACACUGAUGCUGAUGCCAUAGAAUCUAGGCUGUCAUCUGAUGGUGUGUUGACAGUUUUAGCAUCAAGAAAAGCGGAUACUCAUAAAGGGGAGAGGAAUGUACCAAUAACCCACACUGGUCCAGUCAGGAAGGAAGUGACAGAAGAUAUUCCGAAGGAAUCGGAAAAGAAAGAAUAGUGUUGAAUUGUGAUUUUAUUAUUUGUUUUUAUUAAUGUGACUGAUUUUUGAGACUGUGAUUGGUAUUUGUUUUUCGUACUAUUUAUUUUUUUAAUAAAAUGUUGUGUACAA